AUGUCGUUCUCGCACGUACACGGCGCGCAGGCGCUGAACCUACUGCGGCGUGCGCCACUGCGACCUGGGUCUCCCCUCCAACGCUCUGGUCACAGCCAUCCACCGACUGAGCUGGAGGGGGAGCACGGCGGGCUGCGGGUGCGGCCGACCGCCACCUGUGCACGACAGAAGGUCCCUGAACUGGCUCUGUCCUACAACCCACUGUGGCGACGGAUCGGACUGGAGGCCAUGAGAGGCCCGCUGUCUCGCUUCACUCUGAAGAUGCGCUGCAGUUGGGGUGUUCCUGGACUGCGCCAUAACCUCACGCCAUCAUUGAACCGACCCCCUGUCUCUUCUGUUUGGACGCAGAGUUUAAGGUUUGACACGCAGUGUAAACCACACGUUAGAGCGACACACUUCAGAGCGACACACUACAGAGCGGACACACCAAGCGACACACUUCAGAGCGACACACUCAAGCGACACACUCAGAGCGACACACUUCGAGCGACACUCUUCAGAGCGACACACUCAGGAGCGACACAUCUUCAGAGCGACACACUCAGAAGCGACACACUCAGAGCCGACACACUUCAGAGCGACUACACUCAUAAGCGACACACUCGGAAGCUGCUGCUGGCCUUCUCUCGGGACUUCCUGAGUGGGGAGGGCAUCCUGCCCAGACCACCCUUGUCCCCCUCGGGCUCUCGUGUCCACGAACAGAUGCCUCCUGGACGAGUUCUGUUGUCGCCGUGCAGAACUGGCGGUCCCGACCUCAAGUGCGGCGUGCGCCUCGUGGGAGUCUCACAAUCGCCAUGUUGGCCGUUACUCAGCACGCCAUGUUGGCGGACUCAGACCAAUGUGGGCGUUUACUCAGACUCCAUGUUGGCGUUACUCAGACGCCAUGUUGCGUACUCAGACGCCAUGUUGGCGUACUCAACCAACCAUGUGGAGGUGGUGCUGGACGAGCUGCAGCUGAAGGAGGAGAUCUGCUUCUUGAGGAGAACUCUGAAAACCAAACGGCGUCUGGAGGAUCUGAGGACCGACCGCGGCCUCCAGCCCAGUCCCAGUCCAGGUCCAGAGAAAGACCAUAGAGGCUUUGACCACAGCAGCCCCAAGAUCCAGCUGCUCAUGGCCUGGGCCAGGGCCGUGUGCAACUUCUACUCCGUCAAGGUGGAGAACUUGACGGUGUCCUUCUCAGACGGGCGCGUCUUGUGCUUCCUGAUCCACCAUUACCACCCCGGCCUGGUGCCCGCGGCCUCCAUCUGCCUGAAGACCAGCCAGACCCAGGACCGGUCUGCCCGAGGGCGGCUGCAGCUGGACGGGGAGAGCUCCGACUCGGACACCUCCUUCACCUCCUUCACCUCCUCCACCUCCUCCACCUCCACCCCCUGCAGCUCCAGUGGUUCUUCGUUCAAAGAGCUGCUGGAGAACGAGAAGCAGAACUUCUGUUUGGUGAACAGCGCCGUGAGUUUCCUUGGAGGAGUUCCUGCGAUGAUCGACGCCACCGACAUGUCCAACACCAUCCCCAACGAGAAGGUGGUGACCUCCUUCCUGUCCUUCCUGUGCGCUCGGCUUCUGGACCUUCGUAACGAGACUCGUGCGGCGCGUGUGAUCCAGGCGGCGUGGAGGAGGCACCAGCUGAGCAAAGACCUGCAGCGGUACCAGGAGAGAAGUGCCGCGGCAUCAAAGAUCCAGACGAUGGUUCGCGGUUUCCUCCAGCGGCGCAGAGCAGCGCGGCGCGUACGAGCCGCUGUGCGCCUCCAGGCGGCGUGGAGAGGUCACAUGGUGCGGAGAGAACUGCGGCGGCAAAGACUGGCUCGGCAAGAGAUCAUACAGACACAUGCAGCAACGGUCAUCCAGGCUCACUGGAGGAGGUACCAUGCGGUGAGGUCGUACCAGCAGCUCCGGUACUUCACCGUCCUGGUGCAGGCGCAGUGGAGGAUGCGGCGUGCGGCGUGUGCGUUCAGAGAGACUCUGUGGGCGGUGUCUGUGCUUCAGACUCGCACCAGAGCCUGGAGCGCGGCCAAGACACAGCGCCGACACUUCCUGUCCGUGCGAGCGGCGGCAGUCACGAUCCAAGCCGCAUACAGGCACCGGCGAGCCCUGAGGACGCAACAGCGACACCGGGCGGCACGCCUCAUACAAGCGGCAGUUCAGCAGUGGUACCAGAGGAGGCUCUCGGAGAAACAAGCAGCUGCUCUGACUGUUCAAACCUGGUACCGCAUGAGUGUGUGUGUGCGGCGGUACCAGCGGCAGAGAGAGGGCGCGCUGCUGCUGCAGGCGCGUUUCAGGAGCUACAGACAAAGACGGCAGCACCGCGCGGCGACGCUCAUUCAGAGCGCCUUCAGAGGUUUCGUUGUGAGAAGGCAAACCAGACGAAUGACGACCGCCGCCACGACCAUCCAGCGGCGCUUCAGAGCCACGCUGACCCGAGACGUAGUUCGGCAGCAGUUCCUGAGCAUGAAGAGCGCCGCUGUGCGCGUACAGGCGGCGUACCGCGGCAGAGCCGUGCGUCACCUGCUGAAAACCCAACACGAGGCUGCGACGCUGCUGCAGGCGUCGUUCAGGAAGUACGCAGCGCAGAAACGAUACCAGUGCGUGAGAACAGCCACUGUACGGAUCCAGAGGAAGUACAGAGCCACGCGCAUCGCCAAGGAGACGCAGGACUCUUACCGUGGGCUUCGGAACGCCGCGGUCACGCUCCAAGCAGCGUGGAGAGGGAGGCGCCUCAGGAAGGAGCUGGAGGAGAGAACCCGCUGCGCUGUUGUGGUGCAGGCCCGGUAUCGGCAGCGAGUCGCACAAAGACAUUUCCAGUCGACCAAAGGAGCAGUGCUGGUUCUGCAGAAGUACUUCAGAGCGUACGCGGCCGGGAAGAGCGCACGGAACGCCUUUUUGGACACCCGAGCGGCCGCCGUGUCUCUGCAGGCGGCGUACAGGGGGAUGGCAGCACGACGGCAGCUGCAGAGACGGCGUGCUGCAGCCGCGCUCGUCACAUCCUGCGUUAAAAUGUUCCUGCAGCGAAAGCGCUACGUGUUGCUUCGAAACGCCGCAAUCGUCCUUCAAAGCCGUUACAAGGCGCGGGUCGUGGGCCGGGAGCAGAUGCGCGUGUAUACACAGACAAAGGAAGCCACGCUAACGAUUCAAGCCGCGUUCAGAGGGUGGAGAGUGAGGCGAGAGCUGCAACGCCAAAGCGCCGCGGCCACGCUCAUACAGGCGUGGUUCCGGAGCUACCGCAUCAGAAUGGCGUUUCUCGCCACAAAAUGCGCAGCCGUUAUUCUUCAAGAGCAAUUCAGAGCGAGAAGGCUGAGGCUCCAACACGUGCAAAAGUUUAGGUCCAUGAAGGCCGCCGCGGUCACCAUCCAAGCAUCGUUCCGCGGUUACAAGACGAGGAAGCACAUCAGUGAGAAGCAUCGCGCUGCUUCGAUCAUACAGAGCGCUUUUAAAACUUAUUGUGCAAGAAAACAGUUUAAAGCCUUGAAAAGUGCAGCUCUGUUCUGUCAGAGGAGGUUUAAAGCCGUAACCGAAGCCAAGAAGCAGCACCGGGACUUUGUGGCUGCACGCAAGGCUGUCAUUUUGUUGCAAUCCGCUUGGAGAGGUUUUUUGAUCCGAAAGGAGUUGCACCACAUGCACACGGCCGCAACCGUGAUCCAAACACAUGUACGACGGUACCAGCAGCAGGUUCGGUACAAGCGGCUCCUUUGGGCCGCCGGGGUUUUGGGAAACCGUUUUUGGGCCAAUCGACAAAUGAGAGAAGAGAUGCGCGCUCUUAAAGCUAAAAGGAACGCCGCGGUGGUCAUACAGGCGGCUUUCCGAGGCGCGCUCGUCAGGAAGCUCCUGAAACACCAAAGGGAAGCCGCUGUCGUGGUUCAGAGAGCGUUCAAAGCGUACUGUCAGCGCCAACGCUUCCUCGCGCUGAAGCUGGCUGCUAUCAUUAUCCAGCAGAGGUAUCGCGCCUCAGAGGAAUCCAAGAACGAGCGUGAACGCUAUCUGCAGAAAAGGAAGUGCACCACGGUCAUCCAGGCGGCGUACAGAGCGUGGCACGUUCGCAAGGAAGUGGCGCGUUGGCAUCAAGCUGCGACUGUGAUCCAAUCAGCUUUUAGAAAACACAGAGAAGAGGUUAAAUAUGGAGCCAUGCGUUUGUCAGCCAUUUUGAUUCAGAAACAUUACCGCUCCUGGAUCCUGACGAGACGCCAGCGUGCACUUUUCAGUCAAACGAGACGUUCUGUUGUCGUGAUUCAAGCGGCGUUCAGGGGUCAGCGAGCGCGAAGGCGCCUCGUCACAAUGCACAAAGCUGCGACUCUGAUCCAGGCAAGUUUCAGGAGAUACAAGCAGCAGUCGUGCUUCAGGCAGCAGCAAUGGGCAGCGCGCACUGUGCAGAGGAGAUUUAGAGCUCACAGAGAGAUGAGGGCGAGCACGCUCCGGUACCAGCAGCUGAAGAAGGCGGCUGUGGUGCUGCAGGCCGCGUGCAGAGGUCUGAAAGCGAGGCGACGUGUGAAGAACAUGCACCACGCAGCUUCGGUUGUGCAGACCGCCUUCCGAGCGUACGGCCAGAGACGGCGGUACUUGGCGCUGAAAGCUGCGGCUCUAACUGUUCAGAGACGGUAUCGAGCCACUGUCACCGCCAAGAAGCAGAAGCAGCAGUUUCAGAGAGAGCGCGCAGCAGCUGUGCUCAUCCAGGCGACGUACCGGGGAUUCAGAGUCAGGAGAAGGAUGUCCCAGAUGCACCGCGCCGCUACGCUGAUUCAGUGCGCCUUCAGGAAGCACCGAGAGAGGGUUCGUUUCCAGGCCAUGCGUCUGUCGGCCGUCAUCCUCCAGAGGCACUACCGCGCUCUGCUCCUUCAGAAACAACAGAGAGUGCACUUUCUGAAGCUUCAACAAUGCACCGUUUCCAUCCAGGCCAUCUUCAGAGGUCGUCGUGCCAGAAAAGAACUGGCAGAGAUGCACACGGCCGCCACAGUCAUCCAAGCCGCCUUCAGAACACACAAGGAACGAGCCGAGUUUGUCCGACGGCGCCGGGCGGCUCGUGUUCUUCAGCAGAGGCUCCGAGCACGAACACAAAUGCACCUGGAGCAGCAGCGCUACAGACGGCUGCAGGGGGCUACGGUCGCAAUUCAGGCGGCGUACCGAGGGAUGAAGUCACGGCAGCGUGACAAAGAGAGUAGUUAUGCAGCGUGUGUUAUCCAGAGGGCCUACAGAGCACAGUGCGAGCGCAGGAGGUUCCUGGUGCUGAAGGACGCCGCGCUCACAAUCCAGCGGCGCUACAGAGCAACCACAGCGGCACAAAGACAAGUACAAAGCUAUCAGCGACUGCGCACAGCAGCUGUGGUCGUGCAGGCGGUCUGCAGAGGACAUGCGGUAAGGAAGGAGCUCUCACGCAGACAUAGAGCUGCCACAGUGAUUCAGGCGGCGUUCCGCGGUUAUACAGCGCAAAUGGGACUCCAGGCUCUACGGUUAGCUGCCGUAAUCAUCCAGAGACGUUACCGUGCUUCAGCCGAGCAGCGUCGGCAAAGAGAAAAGUUCCUCCAGUGUAUAAGCAGCGCUGUCAUUCUCCAAGCUGCCUUCAGAGGUUUCAGAGUCCGAAAAAGUGUGUCCAGACUGCACCAUGCGGCUACAGUCAUCCAAGCCAACUUCAGGAGGCACAGGGAGCGGGCGGUGUUCACACAGCUGCGCUCGGCCGCCUGUGCGCUCCAGCGGAGGUUCAGAGCUCACAGACUCAUGAGGUUCGAGAUGCAGCGUUAUGGGAAGAAGCGAGAAGCGGCCACCGUGCUGCAGGCUGCGUACAGAGGGAUGAGAGCGCGGCGACGGCUGAAGAACCAACAUGCAGCUGCCGCCGUGGUGCAGGCGGCCUUCAGAGCUCGCCGUCAGAGAGCGCAGUAUCUAUCUCUGAAAGCAGCCGCAGUCACAGCGCAGAGGAAGUACCGCACAGCUGUCGCAGCCAGGAGGCGGCGGCAGCGCUUCAAAGCCACGCUCAGAGCCGCUCUAACGAUUCAAGCUACGUAUCGGAGCUUCAGAGUCAGGAAGGAGAUGUGGCGUUUCCACCGUGCCGCGACCGUCAUCCAGACAGCCUUCCGGAGACACCGACAUGAAGCGGCGUUCCGGACCGCACGCUCGUCUGCGGUCCUCAUCCAGAGACACUACCGCUGCUGGGUGCUGCGCAGACGAGACCGCAGCUCGUUCGUGCGGUUAAAGCGAGCCGCUGUGCUGGUGCAGGCCGCGUACAGGGGCCGGCGCAUCAGGAGGAGGCUGGCGCUCCAGGCCGAGGCCGUGGUGCUCCUCCAGUCCCAGUGGAGGUGCCUGGUCCAAAGGCGGCUCUUCCAGCGGCAGAAGGAGGCGGUGCUGACCGUACAGAGAAGACUUCGCGCUUUGUGGCUGGGAAAACAGCAGCGUGCCGACUACAGCCGCCUGAGACGCGCCGCACUCGCUCUGCAGACGCACUGGAGGAGGCGCGCCGCACGCACACAGGAGCUGGAGGUAGCUCGUGCUCAGAGUAGGCUGCGCUUCACUGCAGCAGUGUUCUUCCACCUUCAGGCCGUGAGGAUCCAGAGGGUGCUACGGGGACACUGGGCCCUGGAGUCUGCACGAUCUCAGCUCCACGCGGUCCUCACUGUUCAGCGCUGCGUGAGGGCGUGGCUUCAGAGGAGGCGUUUCCGUGAAUACCGGAGACGUGUGGUCACGGCGCAGAGAGCGGCGAGACGCUGGCUCCACCGUCGCCAGGACGCCGCACACACCAUUCAGCGAGCGGCUCGACACUUCCUGCUGCGCCGCCAACAAGAGAGAGUCCAGAGAGGCAUCAUCAAAGCACAGGCUCUGUGGAGAGGACACCGCUGUCGCCGUGGAGACGAGCCCCGUGUGGUGGCGCUGAGGCGGCGGUUGGAGGCGGUCUCGGCAAGGGUCCGGGACGAGGACAAACUCUGCCACAAAACGUCCCGAGCUCUGGACUCUCUGCUGCGGCACAAGACCUUCUCCUGCGUCCUGGAGGCCCUCAGGAACCUGGGUUGUGGGUGUGAUUCCAGAGACGGCCACACGUCUAUCUCCGGAGUGCUGUGA